GUGAGUAUACCACAGUUAAGAAGUGGUGGUAGGAAAAUGUAUAGUAUAAUGUAUAUAGUGUGAUAUAUCGAAGAUCAGCGUCAAAGCUUAUAGCCUUCGUACGUUUUCUCUCUUUUCUAUGCGUGAUUACUUGAUUAAAGUAUAUGAUGGUCAAGUAUUUGAUGGAAUGAAUAUCCUUAUGUAGAGCUUCACAAAAGGAGUAAAUGGAGUGGUAUCAAAUGCGGCAUGACGUGCUCAUCGCGUUUCAAAAGUAAGCAAUUGUUUACAUAGUAUUCUUCGGCAUUUAUAUUCUCCGGUCUUUGUUGCCAAGUACAGCUGAUCGUAAUGGCAAUUGUAUAAAAGAUGUCACGAAACGAAGAAAGAUCUUUUAUUUUAGAUAGUAUAAUAUCGAAUUUUGGUAUAUUUUAGUUAUAUGUUUUACAAGAAAUGGACCGACUUCGACUGUUGCCUAUGGAAUUGCCAUCUGCUACCAGUAUAAACAAUAAUGGAAAUGUUAAAGGAAAUAUUAAAAUUUCUUUUGUCAAGAGAUUGGUAGUCGGAUUUGUAAUUUUGGCUGUGUUAGGCCUAUUAUAUGUACCGGCGUAUCAUUCAGUUCAAGGUCCAUUUUUAGGCUUAGGUGAGACUCCAUCCCCUACAGAGCCUCUCAGUGGUUCGCACUUGGUAGCCACUGUAGCACAGUUACCUGGUUGGGCAUACAAUACUUCAAGAGAUGUUAGAAAUUAUAUUCAUCCAGGAAAUAUUACUUCCAUUUUAAAUCCACUUGCUCUUUGUUCACUACCUCCAUAUUUACUUAUAAUUAUUUGCUCAUCAGUGGGAAACUACAAAGCCAGAAUGGCAAUUAGAAAUACUUGGGCUAAUAAAAAUAAUUUAGAUCUUUUAUAUAAUUCUACAGUUAAAGUUGCAUUUCUUCUGGGACAAAGUGAUAAUGAUACACUCAAUAGCUUUAUAAUUGAAGAAAGUUUUCAAUUUAAUGAUAUACUUCAAGAAAAGUUUUUGGAUACAUAUAAUAAUUUAACAUUGAAGUCUAUUAUGAUAUUAAAAUGGGUCACUACAAAUUGCGAAGAAGCUAAAUUUAUCAUGAAAACAGAUGAUGAUAUGUUUGUAAAUAUAAUCCUUUUGAUGAAAACCUUGCAAGCAAGAACACAAUCUAAAGGUGUUUUAUUGGGAUCUCUUAUUUGUAAUGCUAGACCAAUAUCAGACCCCAAAAAUAAAUGGUAUAUGCCAAAGUAUAUGUAUCCUGAAAAGGUUUAUCCUAACUAUCUAUCAGGUACAGGAUAUGUAAUGAGUAUUGAUGUAGCUUUUAAGUUAUAUCAGGCAGCUUUAACAACACCUCUGCUUCAUUUAGAAGAUGUUUACAUUACGGGUCUUUGUGCAAAGCAUGCAAAAAUACGUCCUAUUAAUCAUCCAGCUUUUAGUUACGCGCCAAGAAAAUUGGAACCUUGUAUACUUAGUAACUCCAUAACUACACACAAAAUUAAUGCAUCUACUAUGUAUACAAUAUGGAAUAAAUUGAAUAAUACAAAUAUAUCUUGUAAUAAACAUAUACAUACAGAUAAACAAGGUGUUAGCUUAAGCAGAAAUGGUAGAAAUGUUGGUUAUUACAUGGUGAAAAGAAGAGCUAUUAAUAGAUGUGUUUAGCACAUCUGAUUAAAGCAUACUUGGAAAUAUCGGUAUUAUCUCACGUAUCGUACUGUAUAUAGUGACAACAUGCAGCAUAUCUUAAAAUACUAUUCAUAUUACAUGUCACAAAGUUUUCCAAAGGAUUUUUGCCUUAUAUGAUUUUAAACAAAUGAGAUCUGUAAAAUUUGAUAUUUGCAAAAUAUUGGAUCUGAGAGAUAAAAUAUUAAUUAUUUCUAAUAUUAAGCUUUAUACUUAGUGGUAGCUAGUGAUCGAUGUAGGCCUUCCUUUUCCAUCUAAAUCGAAUUGUUAAUGUGUUAUUAUGAGACAAAGAUUUGUACUUGAUACUUGAAAGAAGGUUUUAUAUUUUUCCAUUUAUGCCAUAGUAGUUCAUAAGGAAACACUGUCAAUUAGAUCUAUGUGUGUCAGCUAUUGACUUAUUUUGCGAUAAUAUCUUAUCAUUUAUUUUCAGCAUAUUUUUACUAUAUGAAGCACUUUAAUAUAUAUAAAUUAUAUAUUAAUAUAAUUAUGUAUAUUAAUAAUUAAUAUAUUUUCUAUUCUGAUAUUUUAAUUUAUAAAAAAUGGAUUUUGGUGAGCUUCUUUCAAUGUAACUUUAUUAUUAGAGCAUACAAUAUUAUAGUUGAGUAUUUGUGAUUUUCUUAUAAGGUUCCUAUUUACAUCUCAUUAGAAAUUUAACGAAUUUUAUGAAUACCUUAUUAAUCAGAAUAGAUCUGUUUUCCCCCACUAUCUAUUAUGAUAAUAAUGCAUCAAUAUAUAUAUAUAUAUAAAUACUGUUUUUGUAUCUUAUAUUGUGAUUUACAAAUAAUAUUCUAAUUUAAAUCGAAGUAAAAAAACAUUUGUUAUUAAAACAUUAUAUUCUGUUAAAUUUAGAAAUUGAUAUAUUCUACUUAAAUUAUAAAAUAUAAAAAAAAAGUGAAUAAAAAUCAUAACUUUGUUAUAACACCAUAAAAGAUACACCAAUAAAGUGCUUCCUUAUCUUCUGUUAUGAUAUUUUAUAAUAAUGAUAUAAAAUAGAAAUGUAGUAAUCUCAGAAAAUUGAUAUUUACAAAGAAAUAAGGAUCUUUUAUAAAUGUACUAGCCUUUAAUAUUUUUGUCUUGUUUUAAAAUUUACGUAAUAUUUUUAUAAAGAACAGAAACCAUGUUUAUCAAAAACAGUGUACAUUCCAUUUUAACUAAGGAAUUUAAUAAAAAAUAUAAAAUCAAUACACUUUUAUCAAAUUAAAUUCGAUAAUAUGAUUCCUUCAAACACGUCUAAUCGUGUUUUUAUUCUAGGACUUUUAAAUCAUUAAUAUAUGUAGUUAGUAUGUAACUAUGUACAAUUUAAAUAGUUUUGAGAAAACAAGUUUAUCUGAAGAAAAUUAAAGUAUUAUCAGUGAAUUAAUAUUUAGAAAAAAAUUUCAGAGACAAAAGCUUAAGAAUAUCAUACAUAGUUUUUAGAUACGAUCGCCGCGUAGAAGAUUUUCAUUAUUUAUUAAUUAUAAGAAAUUAUAUUAUUUGUGUGAUUAAAAAAUGUCAAUUUUCCGAUCACGUUGAAUUUACGUAAUUUAUUACAUUAUAUAUUUCAAAAUAUUAUUUUUUUCCACUGCUAUAUAAUAUACAUAUUAUAUUAAGCUGUUUGUAAUCAAAAGAAAUAUAUUCUUUUAUUGUAAAUUAAUAUGCGUACAUUUAUGAUGCAGAUUUAUGUACAAAUAUUAUCAGAUUAUUAAAUUAUAUUAAAUACGAAAA